AUGCCGAACCCAUUCCAGCGGUAUCUGACCGAGCUGCCGAACCCAGAUGGUGGAUCUUUCGGCUCGUAUUACAGCCUCCCGGCUCUCAAGGACUCUCGCAUCGAGCCAGUUCUGUCCCUUACCCCCCGUUCCUUCCUCUCCUCCCCCUUCCUCUUCCUCCCCUCCUUCCCCCAGCUGCCUGUGGAUCUGGUGAUCAACCACCCAGUGCAGGCGGACUACGCGGAGGCGUCCAACCAAGUGAAUCAGGAGUACCUGGCGCGGGUGGUGAUGGAGGUCAACGGGCUGCUCUACCCUGACAGCGUCAUCAGCACCGACUCCUGCUCCACCUUGAUCCAUGGUCUCGGCAUCGUCGGCUGGGACGAGAGAGGGUCUAAAGCCAAAAGUGCCGUGCGCGGGGAGCCCAUAAGAAUGGACCUCCCCCAAGUCGUGGGCGUCAAUAUCACGGGAAGGCUCCGAGCGGGAGCCACGGCCACGGAUUUGGCAAUGGCGUGCAUGAAGAAUCUACCCAGCAUGCUGAAUACAUGUGUGGAGUUUUACGGCGAGGGGACGCGGGAGCUGUCUGUGGAGGACCGGUCGACAGUGGCGAACAUGCUGUCGGGGUUUGGGGCGGCCAUGGGGUUCUUUCCAGUGGACUCGGUGACGCUGCAGCACCUGAGGGACACGGGGCGCGAUGAGGCGAAGGUGAAGCAGGUUGAGGCGUACAUGCGCGCCAACCACCUCUUCCUGGACCACGCCACGACUGGAGAGGCGGAGGCCAAGCCCAAGUAUUCCUCCUACCUCCAGCUGGACCUUGCGGCCGUGGAGCCCUGCGUCUGCGGGCCCCUCAUCUCUGGGCCCGGCGUCUCCAGACGCUACUGCCUGGUCAUUGCUGCCAUCGCCUCCGCACAACCCGUCCAACCUCUUCUCUCAUGCCUCAACCUCUCUGCCAGUGACUCAUUGAAUUGUUUCGUCUCUACCACCCGAUCCCCUCUCUUGGUCUCCCUUCCACAGGGCUUCGGCAUCCUCCCGGACCAGCAAGGAAAGAGUGUGCCGGUGACUCUCGAGGAAGGGGUGCAAAUCCAGCUAAAGCACGGGUCCGUGGUCAUUGCCGCCAUCACCUCCUGCACCGGCGCGCUCAACCCGGCGGAAAUGCUGACAGCAGCCCUGGUGGCGAAGAAGGCGAGUGAGAGGGGACUCCAGGUGAAGCCCUGGGUGAAGACGGGCCUCGCCCCUGCCUCCAACGUUGUCACCAAGUACCUUGAGGCCAGGGGCCUCCAGGUGAAAGCGUAUGAGAAGGUGAGCCUGGCUCCUGUCUCCAACGUGGUCACAAAGUACCUUGAGGCCAGCGGUCUCCUGCCAGCUCUGGAGGGGCAGGGCUUCCACGUGGUGGGGUAUGACUGCACCACGUGCAUUGGAAGCUUGGCAGAGAUUUCAGAGUCUGUUAAGGAGGCCAUUUCUGACAACGGUCUGGUGGCAGCAACAGUGCAGUCUUGUAACGGUACCUCUGAGGGGCACGUGCAUCCUCUCUUUCGGGCUAACUACCUUGCAUCGCCGCCCCUCGUCGUGGCAUAUGCGCUCGCUGGCACGGUGAACAAGAACUUUGAAGAAGAGAGCAUCGGAUCGGACAAGGACGGCAAGGAGGUGUUCCUGAGAGACAUAUGGCCCAGCAACGAGGAACUGGCAGAGGUGGUGGAGAGGGCGAUGCUGCCGCAGCUCUUCCAGUCGGUGUACGAGACAGUGAGAGAGGGUGCCAGCGACGCCCUUUGGAACAGCCUUCCCGCACAUAACGAGAUUGGUUGGAGGGACAGGACGGACGCGGCCAGCCUUCUCAGCAUACACGGUGGAGACGGAUCACGAAUGCGAGGGUGCUGUCCUCCUUUUCCAAUGCCCCCGCCUUGUGUGCGUCCUCUCCAUGCCCCCCUCUCCUCCCACCAGGUGUACACGGAGGACAUGGAGGCGGAUGCACUUCGUCUCCUCCCACCAGUCCCCCCCCUGCCCUUUGGCACGGUGCACCAUGCGUACAGCCCCCCCUGCCCUUUGGCACGAACGAGCGUUGAUGAGCACUUGAAUGCUCAACUUCAAGCCUACGCCAUCCUGGCGGAGAAACACGAGGACUGGGCCGUUUUUUCUGCGGAUGACUUUGAGGAAGUCUGGAUCAAUUUUGAUGAGAUUCAGGCGGCCUUUGCUAAAUUGCAACAGCAGGUGGAGGCACAACGAGGUGCGGUUGCGGAGGAGCGGGACGCGGCGAACAAAAGGGUGCGGCAGAUGGAGAGGAAUAGGGAGCGGACGAGGCUGGCUAGUGGGGGGGAUUGCGGACAGGAAGGGUGUGGGGAGAGAAGUCCUGCUCGCCGUGUUCUGAUUUCGGACUUCGAGCAGGCGGGGUUAGCAAGCCAACCAGCUGCGACUGCUGACACCAUGCUCCCUAUGGUGUUAGAGCUAGUGCGGAUUAGUGCGGAGGACAGGCGCCACGAGCUGGGAACCUACAACAAGGCCGAGGGUGGACGCGUGUCGGAGGUCGGGCACAUCCUCAUGUCGCUGGAGCUUCCGAUUGCGCACGUAUUCAUCACGCCGGAGCAAUUUUUGGCGGCUGCCAACAUGCUCAAGAAAGAUGAGGAAAAGUCGUGGGCUGAAGUGGGGGGCGAGAUGAGAGGAGGAGACGUGAGUGUGAUGGGGGUUCUGGGCCUCAUGCUCAGUUUUCCCCGCUGUUUACCCCAUGUUCCCCCCUUCCUCUCUUCAGUUUCAGCCCAGAUAGCCCUCAAUUCUCCCCGUGAUGACCUGCAGUUGCCCCCUUGUCUGACUUCACAGAGGUGGAUGGUGUGUGGGGAUGAUGGAUGGUGUGUGAGGAUAGUGGGUCUGAACCAAAGAGAGGGUUGGUACGAGGCUAUGGGGAAACAAGGGAGCAUGAGGAAUGAGGAGCACAUCGUGUGGUUCUUCACCGCCUAUCAUCACCUGACCCAAUGGGGAGGAGGGUUUGUGGCAGGGGAAAUAGACGAGCAUGAGGCACGUGGUUCUCAACCGCCCAUGCUGCCACACGCACUCACCCACCUGGUGCUGCCAUCUGCUCACCUGGUGCUGCCAUCUGCCCACCUGGUGCUGCCAUCUGCUCACCUGGUGCUGCCAUCUGCCCACCUGGUGCUGCCAUCUGCCCACCUGGUGCUGCCAUCUGCCCACCUGGUGCUGCCAUCUGCCCACCUGGUGCUGCCAUCUGCCCACCUGGUGCUGCCAUCUGCCCACCUGGUGCUGCCAUCUGCCCACCUGGUGCUGGCGUGGUCACCUCAUGCACCGCCAAUCACCCACAGCAUGCACCGCCAAUCACCCACAGCAUGCACCGCCAAUUUCCCACAGCAUGCACCGCCAAUCACCCACAGCAUGCACCGCCAAUCACCCACAGCAUGCACCGCCAAUCACCCACAGCAUGCACCGCCAAUCACCCACAGCAUACACUGCCAAUCACCCACAGCAUGCACCGCCAAUCACCCACAGCAUGCACCGCCAAUCACCCACAGCAUGCACCGCCAAUCACCCACAGCAUGCACCGCCAAUCACCCACAGCAUGCACCGCCAAUCACCCACAGCAUGCACGACCAAUCACCCACAGCAUGCACCGCCAAUCACCCACAGCAUGCACCGCCAAUCACCUAG